GCAUUUAAUCUCCAUCCGACAUCAAACGGCACUCACGACACCCGACAGCGAAACGACGCCUCCGCAAACGCGCAGAAGGAGAGAGAGAGAGAGAGAGAGAGAGAGAGAGAGAGGAGGUCAAGAAAGGAAAUCAUCCGCAACCCUAUGAAGAGCGGGAAGAAGAAGACCGAAACUGCGGUGGAGGAAGGCGACGGAGUUGAGGAGCGCAGCGGCGACGCCGGAGGAGAAGAGGAGAAAGGAGGAGGAGAAGAAGGGGAGAGGUUGGGGAAGGAGGAGGAACGAGGCGAGGUUCCGAGACUGGAGGAAGGUUUCUACGAGAUCGAAGGCAUCAGGAAGAAGCGAGUGCGCAAGGGUCAAAUCCAAUACCUUAUCAAAUGGCGAGGAUGGCCGGAGACUGCCAACACCUGGGAGCCCUUCGAGAACAUUCAAUCCUGUGCCGAUGUCAUCGAAGCAUUCGAAGAGAGGUCGAGGUCGCCGAGGUCGCGGAAACGCAAGCGGAGGCCCGGCGGUCCGUAUGGCAUGGCGGCCCACAAGAAGCGCUCCAUCGAGACCGAGGAAUCAAAAACGGCACCGAAUCAGAACUUACCGACUCAGAAUGGUGCCAGUGGCACGGCGGUGGCGUGUGCAGAUGCUGAUAAAACCUAUGAGCAAGUUGGAAAGAGAGUGGUUGUGGACGAGGAGGUAGGAGACUUGAAAAAGAAGACAAGGACAGAGAAGGUCAAGGUGAUCACUUCUAGAAGUAGACGGGGUGAUGGACAGAACCCGGAGCUUCUUAAUUCAGCAGAGCAGAUAGAGACCAAUGGGCACGAUUCUGUGAAACCUUCUGGGGGGCAGGAGGACGGUUCCAUGGAUGGGUUCUCAAAGGUUGAAAGUACUCAGGCUUCUCAGGGCAAUGUAGCAACCGGUGCGAAGAGGAGGAAAUCUGGGUGUGUGAAGAGGUUCCAGCAAGGUUCUGCAACAGGUCAUUGGGACGAGCAACAGAACGCAUCUGUGAGGAGGGAAACUGGAUCUGGUGGCAAAGGUGAGAAAUCAGGGAAUAAAAACAUUGUUUCUGAAUUAGACAACAAGAAUAAGUUGGAUGAUACUGGAAAGCCACCUUCAAUCACAAAGCUCCUAGUGCCAGUUCGCUUCUUUGCUUCCGUGACAAACAAUGUGCAGCAAGUGUCUAUAACGUUCAAGGCUCUAAGAUCUGAUGGAAAAGAAGUAUUCGUGGAUGACAAAGAACUAAAAGCUACCAACCCAUUAUUGCUAAUCAGUUUCUAUGAGCAACAUCUUCGCUAUAGUCCAAAUCAAUGAUCCCUUCAUAAAAGGGUUGAAUAUUCAUUCAUCAAGCUUGCUGGAGCUGAAGAACAUGAUGCAUAGGUUCCUGAUGCCUCAACCUUGUUCUCGGCACAGUUUUGUAUGUAGAACAUUACUCCGACUUGAACUAGUUUUCUUGCCUUCUCCCAUGCUCUAAGCUUGUGUUCUUUUGCAACAUCGGCAACCAACCAGCUGUUGUGUUUCAGAAUCAGAUAUUGUCUGUAUCCCUUACAUGCUAUAUGGUUGUGUACAUAACUCUAUGAUCCAAUUUUGAGACACUGAUAGAUCCAAAGGUUCUGCACA